AUGAAUAACAGCAGCAAAGAGAAGCUGGUAGUGGAAGUGGUGGCUGCACAUAACCUCAUGCCAAAAGAUGGUGAAGGCUCAUCGUCUCCAUUUGUAGAGGUAGAGUUUGAGAACCAGAGACAAAAAACCCAAGUCAAAUAUAGAGAACUCAACCCAGUAUGGAACGAGAAGCUGGUUUUUCACGUAAAAGACGUCGCAGACUUACCUUACAGGACCAUAGAAGUGAAUGUUUUCAAUGAAAGGAGGUCGAGUAACAGCAGGAAUUUCUUGGGGAAGGUUAGAGUUUCGGGCUCGAGCAUUGCGAAAGAAGGUGAAGAAAUGGCUCAGCUUUAUAUGCUGGAUAAAAGGAGCUUGUUUUCUCACGUACGCGGUGAGAUUAGCUUGAAGCUUUAUUUAUCUACGAAAGAAGAGGUUAAACAGGCGAUUAACAGCGACGGCAGUGGUGGUGCUGGAGUGGUGGUUUCUGGUCGCGCUGUUUCCAAGAAAAACAGGAAAAUGCAGCAGCAAGGUGAGAACUUGAUGGUGCCACAGCAAAUGGGCCAAGAAAGCAACAAAAUGGGACUGGGGUUUCAAAAUCUGACCCACCCAAAGCCCGUGGGGCCAAGCCCAGGUGAUAUCAAGCCUGUUGUUAUUACUACCAUUCCUGGACCUGUUAUUCCCGCCGCUGCAGGCGUUGCUCACAGCGUCGGCAUCAGUCAUGGUAGAGGGAUUGGGGGCUACUCAACUGGGUUGAACGAGUUUGCGUUGAAGGAGACCAGCCCUCACCUUGGUGGCUUGAACAAUGAUAAAACGAGCUCUAUCUAUGAUCUUGUUGAGCAAAUGCAGUAUUUGUAUGUGAGAGUUGUGAGGGCUCGUGAGAUUUCACUGUUUGGUAGUGGUGAGCUUGUGGCUGAGGUGAAGCUUGGAAAUUACAAGGGGAUUACAAAUAGGGUUUCUUUGAGCAAUGCAGAUUGGGACCAAAUUUUUGCCUUUUCCAAGGAUUGUAUACAAUCAUCUACGGUGGAGAUUUUUGUGAAGGAGAGUGGUAAAGAUGAGUACUUGGGGCGAGUUUCGUUCGAUUUAAGUGAGGUACCCAAAAGGGUUCAACCUGAUAGUCAAUUGGCACCACAGUGGUAUAGAAUGGAGGACAAGAAAGGUGAUAUGGCCAAAUGUGGUGAGGUGAUGGUGUCCAUGUGGUUCGGGACUCAGGCAGAUGAGGCGUUCUCCGAAGCCUGGCAUUCCAAGGCGGCUAAUGUGCAUUUUGAUGGUUUGAAUUCGAUUAAGUCUAAGGUUUACCUUUCGCCAAAGCUAUGGUAUUUGAGAGUGAGUGUGAUGGAAGCACAAGACAUUAUUUUGGGGGGCAAAGGGGCGCCAAUGAAUAAUAUGGUGAGAUAUCCAGAGCUUUUUGCUAAAGUUCAAGUGGGAAGCCAAGUUUUGAGGACUAGGGUUGCUUCACCAAUGACAAAUAGGAGCUUUUCAAAUCCUUUUUGGAAUGAGGAUUUGAUGUUUGUGGCUGCUGAGCCAUUUGAGGACUAUCUGUUGAUCUCAGUUGAGGAUCGUCUAGCUUUGAAUCGAGAUGAGGUUGUGGGGAGACUGAUUUUACCCAUGACAAAUAUUGAAAGGCGAAUUGAUGACAAGCCAGUGAUGUCUAGAUGGUUUAAUCUUGACACUCAAUUCAGCAGCCCCAACGAGUCCAAGGCUGUGGUUCGCUUUGCCUCUCGGAUUCACCUCCGUGCUUCACUUGAGGGAGGUUAUCAUGUGCUCGAUCAGGCCACAAUGUACAUUAGCGAUGUAAGGCCAACAGCUAAGCAGCUUUGGAAGCCCCACAUUGGUGUUCUUGAAGUUGGCCUUUUGGGUGCAACAAAUAUUAUGCCCAUGAAGAUAAAAGAAGGCAAAGGAGGCUCGACCGAUGCUUAUUGUGUUGCAAAAUAUGGGCAGAAAUGGGUUCGAACUCGGACUGUAGUGGACAGCUUGGCCCCCAAGUGGAAUGAGCAGUACAAUUGGGAAGUUUAUGAUCCUUGCACUGUCAUUACCAUUGGGGUGUUUGAUAAUUCGCACAUUGACAAGAACACUGCAUCAGGAGGUGGAAAUCGCGAUACUCGCAUUGGGAAGGUUAGAAUCAGAUUGUCAUCUCUUGAAUCUGACAGAGUUUAUACUCAUGCUUACCCACUGCUCAUGUUGCAUCCUUCUGGUGUGAAGAAAAUGGGAGAGCUUAAUUUGGCUGUUCGGUUUUCGUGUGCUAAUAUGUUUAAUAUGUUACAUACUUACACAAUGCCAUUGCUGCCAAAGAUGCACUAUGUGCAGCCAUUGUCUGUGAAUCAACUGGAUAGUUUAAGGUGCCAGGCUAUGAGUGUGAUAGCCUCAAGGCUUAGUCGAGCAGAGCCUCCAUUGGGAAGAGAAGUGGUGGAGUACAUGCUUGAUCAUGACUCUCAUAUGUGGAGCAUGAGAAAGAGCAAAGCUAAUUUCUUUAGGCUUACUAAUGUUUUGGCCUGGUUUGUUGUUAUGAGCAGGUUUCUAGAAUCCUUGAGAAAUUGGCACAAACCUGUAUACUCCACAUUAUGUCUAAUUGUCUUCAUCAUCCUUGUGUUGGUCCCCGAGCUAAUAAUUCCUUGCAUGUUUUUCACGCUGGCUACCUUGGGAAUUUGGCAAUAUAAGUCCCGGCCAUGUUACCCACCUCACAUGGAUACUCGACUGUCCUUUGCAGAGACAAUUCUCCCUGACGAAUUGGACGAGGAGUUUGACUCAUUCCCAACUAGUCGAAGUGCUGAGAUUGUCCGAAUGAGGUAUGAUCGUUUGAGGAGCGUUGCUGGAAGGAUUCAAACUGUUGUUGGGGAUAUGGCAACUCAAGGUGAGAGAUUUCAAGCAUUGCUAAGCUGGCGUGAUCCGAGAGCUACAUUCUUGUUUGUGAUGCUUUGCUUUAUGGCUGCAUUUGGGUUCUAUUUGGUGCCAAUCAGAUGGGUGGUGGCUCUUUGGGGUGUGUACUAUCUGAGGCCACCCAGGUUCAGGAACAAGUUGCCUUCAAGUGCUGUUAGCUUCUUCAAGAGGCUGCCCACAAAUGCUGAUACCAUGCUGUAA